AUGGCUGAUAUUCAAAUCGAGAAGGCAUACCAGAAGCAAUUCCUCUUCCAAAACGCCAAAGCCCGUGGCGGGAAGAAGGUCUCAACGAAAGAAAAGCGGUGGUACAAGGAUGUUGGCCUUGGCUUCAAGACGCCUUCCGAGGCGAUCAGUGGCACCUACAUUGACAAGAAGUGCCCUUUCACCGGUAAUGUCUCCAUCCGUGGGCGUAUCCUGACUGGCCGCGUUGUCUCGACAAAGAUGACCCGCACAAUCGUCAUCCGCCGGGAUUACCUCCAUUACAUCCCGAAGUACAACCGUUACGAGAAGCGCCACAAGAACUUGGCUGCGCAUGUAUCGCCGGCGUUCCGUGUCGAGGUUGGCGAUAUUGUGACCGUUGGCCAGUGCCGACCACUGUCAAAAACUGUGCGUUUCAACGUCGUCCGGGUGUCUAAGAACAAGGCGGCCGCCAAGUCGUUCGGGAAGUUUUAG